AUGGCAGAUGUUGAACAACAACUCGAACAACUUGUACUAAACUUUGAAUUAGAAUUAUCAUCACUCGAAGACAACCAAGAUGUUGGUUGUCACAUAGUAAAUUGGAUUGCUCACAAUCAAUAUGACGCCACAAAUAUAUUUACACAUUUAUCCAAUAUAAAAAAUAAAACCAGAAUUCACACUUAUUUAAUCGGGAUUUUUUGUGAAUUUGGAAUCGGAACAUCUUCUCACUCAACCUUAGCUCUUAGUUAUUAUUAUGAAGCGGCUCAAAUGGGAUACGAACCGGCCUAUUAUUCGACUGCAAAAUUGUUUGGCUAUCAAGAUGAAUUACACUCAAAAACAAAUGCUGAACAAGUUAUUUUUUGGUAUAAAAAAGCUGCGGAUGUUGGGAGUAUGGACGGGUUAUUACAAAUGGGAGCAAUUUAUCUUGAAGGUUAUAAAGUAGAAAAAGAUGAGAUUAAAGGAUUCUCAUACAUUCAAAACGCUUUGAAUCGAGGUUCAACAAAGGCCUUCCUCCCAAUCUCAAACUUAUAUAGAUACGGUAUUGGCACAGCCGUAGAUUUAUACUUGGCUGUUUAUUAUUUAAUCCGAUCAGCAAUAGAAGGAGGAAAUACUCGGGGUGUUGAAUUCAAAAUCUUCAUUCUACUUUAUGAGACAAAUUUUGAUAGAGCUCAGGGACAAUGUAUUUUCAAAUAUUUGGAAGAAUUUAGUUUUAAAAAUAACAGUUUCGCGCAGUUAUUUCUUGGAAAUUUAUAUCGAAAUGGUCUUUUAGUGAAACAAAACUUUCAAAAAGCGUACUUUUGGUAUCGUAAAUCGGCCUAUGGCGGUAAUGGUGAAGCUCGUACUAAAGUUAUUAAAUUUUUGGUCUCCGGUACCGGAACUAUGAAAGAUAUGCAUCUAGCAAUUAAAUUGUUUGCUAGGACAAAUUGUCCUACGUUAAAAAUGCAAAAAAUUUUUUCUAAUCAUAUUUAG